CUUGGCCUCUUCUCACAAUGUCUGUUUCUUCUUUUGCUACUUCUUUUCCCUCGGCAUCUUAUCCUACCAUUUUCUGUCUUUUUGCUUCUCUACAUCAUUAUCUUUCCCAGCCAGGCUGAGCACAAAGAAAUCAAUUAAAAACCCAAAUCAAUCAAGAUGGUCGCCGAACGAUUGGGGUCGAUCCUGAAGCACCUCGCGCCGGGUAGCUCUCUGGGCGCGCUAACCUCCAAAAACCCCGAUGAUAUUGUCAUCACCCUCGCCAUCCGAACUCCCCUCACCAAAGCAAAGAAGGGCGGUUUCAAGGACACCAGCCUCGAGUAUAUAAUUUACGCCCUGCUGAAGGAGGUCAACGAGCGAUCUGGUCUGGAUUCUGGCCUUGUUGAGGACAUUUGCCUGGGCAAUGUCUCGGAUGGCAAGGCAGCAUACAAAGUUCGUGCCGCCGCUCUCGCCGCAGGCUUUGCCAAUACUGCCGGUGCCUCGUCGGUGAACCGCUUCUGCUCCUCAGGCCUCAAGGCUACCGCCGACAUCGCCAACCAGAUCUCCUCCGGGAAUAUUGAUAUUGGCGUGGCGAUCGGCGCCGAGUCCAUGACUGCGGGUGGCGACCGUCUCGAGCAGCCCUUCGACCAGGAUGUCAUUGCCCAGAGCCAGGAGGCGGUCGACUGCAUGGAGCCCAUGGGCUGGACCAGCGAGAAUGUGAGCCGCGAUUUCGGCAUCACCAGGGAGGAGAUGGACAAGUACGCCGCCGAGAGCUUCCAGCGGGCCGAGCAUGCCCAGAAGCAGGGUUGGUUCGACGACGAGAUUGUCCCCAUCAAGACAAAGAUCGUGGGCCCAGACGGCGAGGCCAAGGAGGUUGUCCUGACCAAGGACGAGGGCAUCAGGCCAGGCACCACGGCCGAAGGCCUGGGCAAGAUCAGGGCUGCCUUCCCUCAGUGGGGCUCGACCACCACUGGUGGCAAUGCCAGCCAGGUCACCGAUGGAGCCGCCGCUGUGCUGCUGAUGAAGCGCUCCACCGCCAUCCGUCUCGGCCAGCCCAUCAUGGCCAAGUACGUGGGCUCUACCGUCGCCGGCCUAGCUCCCCGCAUCAUGGGCAUUGGACCCAGCAUUGCCAUUCCCAAACUCCUGUCAAAGCACGGUUUGACCCUCGACGACGUCGAUGUCGUCGAGGUCAACGAGGCCUUUGCCUCCAUGGCUGUCUACUGCCGUGACAAGCUGAGCCUGGACUGGGCCAAGAUGAACCCCAAGGGUGGCGCCAUCGCGCUCGGCCAUCCUCUCGGUGCCACUGGCACCCGACAGAUUGUGACUGGUCUCAGCGAGUGUCGGCGUACGGGCAAGAAGAUCUUGUUGACGAGUAUGUGCAUCGGCACUGGCAUGGGUAUGGCUGGUUUGUUUGUGAACGAGCAGUAGAGGCGAGGCGUACAGGGAAUAUCUGAGCAAGCGGGAAAAUUGAUCGUGGAACAUAGGCUUUGUGGGGAAGGCUUGAAUUGGCCGGAAUUGUAUCAAUCCUGUGGUUCCCAGUCAGUGUACAUAUACUCACUCCCUCGAGAUGGGCUGAUCUCACUUGCAAUCUGAUUCUCAUCUACGGUACACCUCGUCUGCCUCGUGUUCUAUUAAGAAGUUCGUUAAGAAGUUUGUUACC